AACGCUCUUAAGUGUCAACAACAGUGAACAAAACAUAGUGAAGAAAUAAAGGCCACUUUGCCCCUUCCCUCCGCUUUCACCGAAAAGUGCAAUAAAAUCAGCAUUAUAAUCUUGACUUUAUGAAUACAUUCAAAUCAUCAUCAUUCAUAUUCCCCUUUAAUCCUGCUCCUGUUCCUGUUCCUGUUCCUGCUGCAUGGGUUCCUCCUCCUCCUGACUUUCUUCUCACUCCACCUUUCUCCUCUUCUUAAUUAUAGAGAGAGAGAGAGAGAGAGAGAGAGAGAGAGAGAGAAGGUUUCUUGAGAAUGAAACAGAUGGGAUAGUUGACAGAGUGGCUUUGGGAAGGGAUGCAGCUUUGUCUUAGGCGUUGAAGAGAUGGGUGUUGCUACUGUUGGUGAACUGAAGCCAAGUGUGUCAGGGAAGAGGUCUUUCCGCCCUAGUUCAAGCACAAAACAUGCCACUGAAUGGCCGAUAUCUGAUGUUUCUAGUGAUCUUACCAUCGAGGUAGGGGCAGCAAGUUUCUCGCUUCACAAGUUCCCCCUAGUGUCUAGAAGCGGAAGGAUACGCAAACUGUUGUCAGAAGCGAAGGAUUCGAAGGUUUCUCGAGUGAAUCUGUCAGCUGUACCAGGUGGAGCAGAGGCAUUCGAGACAGCUGCAAAGUUCUGUUAUGGAGUGCACAUCGAGAUCACCCUGUCAAACGUUGCCAUGCUGCACUGUGCAGCCCAUUCCCUGGAAAUGACUGAAGAGUUUGCCGAGAAGAACCUGGAGGUGAGAACUGAAGCAUACUUGAAGGAGAAUGUGCUCCCAAGCAUAUCAAACUCGAUAUCUGUUCUGCAACACUGCGAAUCGCUCCUACCCGUUGCAGAGAGCAUCAAUCUGGUGAGCCGGAUCAUCAACGCCAUCGCGAAUAACGCGUGCAAGGAGCAGCUCACAUCUGGGUUGUCCAAGCUAGAGCACAGCUUUGCUUUGAAACCGGCGGAGAGCAUGGAGGCAGAGCUGCCGUCAGACUGGUGGGGGAAAUCGCUCGCUUUGCUUGGUCUCAGCUUCUUCCAGCGCGUCGUGUCUGCUGUGAAGACGAAGGGUCUGAAACAGGAUAUGAUCAGUCAAAUCUUGAUAAAUUACGCGCAUAAUUCUCUUCAGGGCCUUCCUCUCCGGGACCCUCAAUUGGUUAAGGGAAGCUUGUUGGACAUGGAAGCUCAGAAGAAACAGAGGGCCAUCAUCGAAGCCAUAAUCAGUUUGCUGCCAACACAGUCGAGGAAGAGUGCCGUCCCAAUGGCAUUUCUCUCGAGCUUGUUGAAAUCUGCAAUGGCAGCAUCGGCAUCUAUUUCUUGCAAAUCGGAUUUGGAGAGGAGGAUUGGGUUGCAGCUGGACCAGGCCAUUCUCGAAGACAUACUAAUUCCUGUGAAUUCAAAUGGAAACAGCCACAGCCACAGCCACAGCCUCAGCCUCAUGUAUGAUACAGAUUUGAUUCUGAGGAUCUUUUCCAUUUUCUUGAACUUGGACGAGGACGAUGACGAUGAGGACAGUCAGUUGAGAGAAACAGAGAUGGCGUAUGACUUUGACAGCCCGGGAUCUCCUAAACAGAGCUCCAUCCUUAAAGUAUCGAAGCUACUGGACAAUUACCUUGCAGAGAUUGCCCUCGAUCACAGCAUGGCGCCAUCAAAGUUCAUAGCUCUGGCAGAGUUGCUCCCGGAUCAUGCUCGCAUAACCAGUGAUGGAUUAUACAGAGCAGUGGAUAUCUUUCUCAAGGUCCAUCCAAAUAUGAAGGACUCCGAGCGCAACAGACUCUGCAAAACGAUCGACUGUCAGAAGCUAUCGCAAGAAGCCUGCAGUCACGCAGCCCAGAACGAAAGGUUACCCGUGCAGAUGGCUGUGCAAGUGCUCUACUUCGAGCAAAUCAGGCUUCGCAAUGCAAUGAACGGCGGCCACAACCACUUAUUCUUUGGCUCCAUGCACGGCGGCCAGUUCCCUCAACGCUCAGGGAGCGGGGCAGGGAGCGGGUGCAUCUCGCCGAGGGACAACUAUGCGUCGGUGCGGAGGGAGAACAGAGAGCUGAAGCUUGAAGUUGCGAGAAUGAGGAUGAGGCUGACUGACCUGGAGAAGGACCAUGUGUCCAUGAAACAGGAGCUUGUAAGGUCACAUCCUGCAAAUAAGUUGCUCAGGUCAUUCACCCGGAAGUGGAGCAAGUUCAAUGCCCUGUUUCGGGUUAAGCCAACCGGUGGGAAGGCUAAUUCAGAGACUCCAUCCAUGUUCCAGAAGAGAAGGCAUUACUCUAUAUCAUGAAUCCUUAUCAUGAUAUAUCUCUCUCUAUAUAUAUAUAGACACACGUGUUUCUACAACAGAUGAGUUAGUGUAUAGUAUGGAGUAUUGGCGAUUAUGAUCUGAUGUAAGGUUAAUGGUAGAAGAGUUGUUGAUUAUUGUCCCACAAAGCAAUGCUGGUGGCCAUGUUUGGGGGGGAAAUCAGCAGCCUCUCGCUAUGUUGUUGAGGCCUGGUUGGUAACCGGGAACAAAGAACACCAAGAGAGUUUCAAGGGUGAAAGAAAGCUUAUGACGAACAUCAAAUUAAGCGUUUAUUUGUUUUUAGCCGGGCUCGUAUUUUUCC